GGCAACGUUCUUUCCUCUCGAGUCUUACCACACAUUAUCGAUUCAAAAGCUUUCUUCGCUGUGCGAUCGCAUUUUGUUGUUCUCUGUCAUACGGUCAGUGUGUGCUUUUUCAACGGAAUUUAUAAUUUUUCUCAUCUUCGGCUGGAUUCUCGAUCAAGCUGAGAAAAGAAAAUUAUUAUCGCUUGUCGAGUUCUCGUUGCAAAACGUUGAUGACCAGGUUGUAUAAGUAAGUCGCUAUCCGUUGGUCAACAUUUCGGCAAACUUUUCAGUGUUUCGACAAGCACCGGUAAGAGUGGAGCUAAGUUUUUAAUCCUCCGUUCCAUUGUUAAGUUUAUCGAUGUUGUAAACGUAAAUGUGUUGGAGUUGCAACUCAUGAUAGAAUGGCACCGAAACUAUCAACGAUGAGGUAUCUAAUUUUGAUGGCCCUUUUCGGACUCGUCUUAUCGGUGGAUUCAUUUGAUGGCGCUCGUCGCCGACUACGAUCGGACGUGUUGUACAACGAGAGGAACCACAAACAAGGCCAGUACAAGUACGGUUACGCGGUAAAACAGGGUGAAACGCAGUUCCAUCACCAGCGCUCCCGAGAUGGAGCUAUGUAUGGUUGCUACGGUUAUGUGGACCCUCGGGGAAAGCUUUCCAUAACCCACUAUCUGGCUGACAUGGCUGGGUACCGACUAGUGAAUUUAGUGAAUCCAGACAGAACGUUGAUUGAGCGACUGAAAAAUCUAGGAACAGCGGAUGACCCAAUAGAACUACAAAAUCUGUUUCCGAAGGAAUGCUCUACAGAUGGUGAUAUCAGAAUGCUUCAGGAUUCAGCUAAGCAAAUGAAGGUAUCGUCGCCGGCCGAUUAUCAAUUCUCCGACUCAUCGCCCCGAAGUCCGAGCAAACAGAACAUGCGCAGUACACUAAAAUUAGUCAAUGAGGAAAAUAAUUCAAUAGAAGAAAAAGUAGUUUUGUCUGAAGCACCGGAGACUAUAACGCGAUCAAAGUUGGAAAAUCAAUCGCAAGCUAUGAACAGUAGUGAUGAUGAAGCGCAGUUGUUGGAUUCUUCACGUGAGCGAAACUCGUCGCUUAAUGAAUUGACAGAAGAAUCUAAAAUUGAUUUCGAGCAAAGCCGCCAUUUCAUACGAUCCGAUGAUUUAAUUGUGGAACAGCAGGAUGAAAUUGAUCAGAGUAGAAAAACUAAUGAAGUUGAUCUGGUGUCUGAAGGAUACGAGACGAUUACGGGAAAGGAAUACGUAGGGAAUAUGGAAUCUGUGUCGAAGAAUAAUGAAGAACGGCUCCAACAGAUCAAUUAUGAACUAUUGGAGCAAACAACUCGAAUGUCUAUGGAUGUUGCAGUGCAAGAUAGUAGAACGAGUGGAUCGGUUGAAAUCGGAAAUACUGAAUUGGUUUAUGGCAAAUCGGAGUCUGAUUUGAUUACUCUGACUGAACCCAGCCCAGUUUUUGUGUAUACCAAUCAAAACCAGCCCCAACCGAUAGAUACAGUUGAGCACGGGAAUACCGAAACAAACGCAUAUAGGAUAGAUUUAAUUGCUGGAACGGAAUAUACUUUCGAAGAAGAUGUUUCCUCGGAUUAUUCUUCGGAAGAAAUAACGAGCGAGAGCGGCAAUACCAAAUUGAAGCCUUUGUCUACAGAAUCUUCUCACCUUGAACAAGUUCGUUCUGGGAUACUGGAUGAUAAGUGUAUUCAAUUGAAUCAUGCCGAUAUUGAAAAUUUAGUCCUGGCAACUAAACUUCCUCCAGCUGAUUUAAUGACGCAUGUGCCAUUGUCAGGAAACAAAAACGAGAUUACAACCAGUCCCGGGCUAGGCGAUAGUACGGUUGAAGAAGACUCCUGGAGAAUCAAUCAAGAAGGGUCACUUAAUGCAUCGCCGGUUAACAAUUCUGCAAUUGAUCAAAUUGAAGCCAUCAACAGCUACAGUGAAUUACCUUCAUAUUUCAUCAGCAAAAAUAAUGAAGAGCUCGAUAAUUCUAUAUUUUCUAAACAAAUUUUGCCGAAAGCUGACAGUUUGAGUGAGAAGGAAUUCAUCGAAUCGAUGGUGGAUCAUAAUCAAACAGUACCGGAUGCUUAUAGCGAAGAAUCAGUUGAAUUAAAUAAAAAUGGAUCCGUAGUUAGCAUACAAAUACCAAGAUCAGAUUUGCCUAAAUCUGCGAUCAACGCAACAUCAUCUAGGGUAUUUCGAGGUAACAUCAAAUUCGCUGACUCUACGUCAACUACAACGGAGAAAAGCGGGAAGAGUAGAACUUUUUAUAGGAACAGAGGUUUAUACAAAAUAUUUAGUUUAAAACAGUCACCUGUUACGCAUGCUGUAAAGGAAGAUUUUUCAGCCGAUCCAAAUUAUGAAAACAUCAUGAACUAUUCAACGGAAGACAGUGUAAUUGGCAUCGAUUCAUCGCAACGUUACGAACAUCCACUGAGUACCGAAGUUGCACCCAACGCAUCCGUAGUGAACAUCUCCGAAGACAGCACAAUUUCUUCGUUCAUCGAACAACCUGCAUUGGAAUACGCUUUCAAUUCGCAAGUUAGGUUUGACCGUAAUCCGGAAACUAAUUCGAAAAUUACUACAGUUAACAAUUUCGGUUCUUCUUACAUACAGCCUAUUGACAAUCAAAAUGAGUUGGAUAAGUCUUCAGCUAAUUUAAAUCCGCAAGAUUCACUUUCUGGUGUGGAUCAUAAGCCAUAUCAAGUUCACAAUACAUUUGUUGAGCUGAGAAAGAAAAAAUUGACGCCAGGAGAUUACCGUGAGGGUACAAUUGCAGGAUUAUCACAAUCCCGGAUUGGUCCCUUGCCAGAAUUUCAAAAUCCACUAGACGAUAUUGACUCCGAUGAAGCAAUCGGCGGAAAGUGGAAGGAAUUACAUCGCUAUGUCGACCCAAAACUACCGGCCACACCAAGGACUACGUUUGAUGAUAUACCUGGUGGUUUAACGCUACCGUACGCAUUUUUUAGUCAUGUUACAUCUCCGAGGCCUACGAAAAACUACCGCCCGUUCACACCUGUCUAUCACUUUCAACCUACACAUUCCAAAUCUUCAGGUACUCUAAUGGGGUCUGUUGGUGAUGUCUAUGAUGAGAUUGAAGACGAAAUAGAUAAUCAAACUGUUUCGACAUCUAAAACUUUCACACCUCCAUCUGUUACGCAGCCCAGCAUAACCAACUCGACCACAGUUACGGAACCAUUCUCUUACUGCUAUGAGAUUAUGUUGCACGUUCCCGUCGAUGCUAGACAGAUCAUCAUCAAGACAGAUUCGUCGACAUUCCGUGUUCUCGGCCAGGGAGAUCCCAAAGAGCGAAUUAAUCUACUGGAACCAGGAGUGUAUGAAGUCAACGUGGGUGCCACGAGUGCAAUCCGGUUUCACCAGUAUCAACGAAGACCCAAUAGCAGUAGUCGGUCAAAUAAGGUGUCGCUUGAUCUUGGAAAAAAUUUCGACUAUAGUGAACUAAUUCCGAAGCCUUUGUACGAUCGACGUUCCUAUCAACAACAACAACAAAAUAAAGCGACGGCACGCGUUGCUCAGAACGGUCUUCAUAACCCUUAUCUGCCGGUGAUGGAUGUUGCUAUGACUAAAGUUCCAGUGCUGGGUAGAAGCGUAGAGGAACGAAAAAAACUACCUGCGUUGACAACCGAUCAGAUUGCGUUACUAAAUUUAGUGCCAUCGUGGAAAAAAGUACUACUUCACUACUGAUUGAUUGCUAUGCCGUCUAUUUGAUUGGUCAGUUCAUCACGGAUCUCUUAUGUAAAAUGAUAUUUGAAGAUUCUCGCACUAAAGGUAGCUUCUACUUUUUUUUAUUUAAAAAAAAUCGUCGAAGAGGAUGCAACAACAUCAUCGUUCGCGCUCGCUGUUUCAUCGAUCUUAUAUUUGCGUGAGAGGAAACGUCUUCAGAAUCUUUGAAAGAUAUUGUAAUAUUUAAUUUUAUUGGAUUAGUAUGCUAAUCGCUGAUUCGAUGCAGUCUGCGAGUCUUUUUCGUUCCUGAGCUGACACGGUCCGGCUGCUUGUAGAGUGUCGGUUUUUUUUGUGUGCCAAUAAUAUAGA